AUGAGUGCCAAAAAGAGAAUGCUAAUGUUGAUUUCCUGCCUCUUCCUGCUGCUGAUGGCUAAGGUCUACUUCAGGAACCACCAGGAAGAGGAACUUCUGCUCUCAGAUUGGUUUAACCCCAGGAGACGUAUGGAUGUCAUCACCACCACAGACUGGCUGGCCCCAGUCAUAUGGGAAGGCACCUUUGACAGAGAGGCUCUGGAGAAAUAUUACAGAAAGCAGAACACCACCGUGGGCUUGGCUGUGUUUGCUGUUGGCAGUCUCACUGACCAGUACCUGGACCCGUUCUUGCAAUCAGCUAGAAAGUUCUUCAUGCCUGGCUAUAGGGUGAUCUUCUACGUCAUGGUGGAUAGGCACCUGCAGUUACCUGAAACAGACUACAACCCUCUGCAAUCCUUUCAAAUACACGUGAUAGGUGAGGAGAGGUGGUGGAGCAACUUUGACCUCAUGCGCAUGAAAAUCUUGGCUGAGCACAUCCAGGAGCACAUAAAAUAUGAGGUGGACUUCCUCUUCAUCAUGAGUGCCAACCUGGUCUUCCAGAAUGAGUUUGGGGUGGAGACCCUGAGCACGUCUGUAGCCCAGCUCCAUGGUUGGUGGUAUUUCUGGAAGACAAAGGAUCUUCCCUAUGAGAGGAGACCUAUGUCAGUAGCCUACAUUCCCUUUGGACUAGGGGACUUCUAUUAUGCUGGCACCAUUAUAGGUGGAGUGCCCUUUCAGGUUUUGGACUUCACUCAGGAAUACUUGAAAGGUGUUGUUUGGGAUGCAGAAAAUGGACUUAACAGCACCUAUGAAAAAUACCUCAACAAAUAUUUUUUUCUCAACAAACCCACCAAGCUUCUAUCCCCAGAGUACAGUUGGGACCCCACCUUCAACAUCCCUCGACAAGUAUGGAACAUGAAGAUUGCUCAGUAUCCCACAGACAGCUUAUGAUGUACCAGUGUUUAUGGGCUAAAGAAUAAACCACAGUAGUAGUUCCUUAUAGACAUAGGAUGUCUUUUAAAAAACUCACACUUCAGAGACC